AUGCAUGAGGAAGAACAAACACAUCUUUGUGUUCAUCAAAAGUUUCACACAGGGGAAAAACCAUACAAAUGCCUGGAAUGUGGUAAAAGCUUCAAUCGAAAUUACGUUCUUAAGGUGCAUCAAAGAAUUCACACAGGGGAAAAACCAUAUAAAUGCCUGGAGUGUGGGAAAAGCUUCAGUAACAGUGGAAGCCUUACUUCCCAUCAAAGAACUCACACAGGGGAGAAACCAUUUAAAUGCCUGGAGUGUGGAAAAGCCUUCAGUUACAGUACAAACCUUACUUCCCAUCAAAGAAUUCACACAGGGGAGAAACUAUAUGAAUGCCUGGAGUGUGGAAAAAGGUGCAGUCAGCGUGCAAGCCUUACUUCCCAUCCAAGAAUUCAUACAGGGGAGAAACUAUAUAAAUGCCUGGAAUGUGAUAAAAGCUUCAGUCAUAAUCACUCUCUUACUUCCCAUCGAAGAAUUCACACAGGGGAAAAACCAUAUAAAUGCCUCGAGUGUGGAAAAAGCUUCACUCAGCAUUCACAUCUUCAUGUUCAUCAAAAGCGUCACACAGGAGAAAAACCAUACAAAUGCCUGGAAUGUGAUAAAAGCUUCAGUGGGAGUGGAGGCCUUACUUCCCAUCGAAGAAUUCACACAGGGGAAAAACCAUAUAAAUGCCUGGAGUGUGGGAAAAGCUUCAGUGACCGUAGUAGCCUUAAUUCCCAUCGAAGAACUCACACAGGGGAGAAACCAUUUAAAUGCCUGGAGUGUGGAAAAGCCUUCAGUUACGGUGCAAACCUUACUUCCCAUCAAAAAAUUCACACAGGGGAGAAACCAUAUGAAUGCCUGGAGUGUGGAAAAAGGUGCAGUCAGCGUGCAAGCCUUACUUCCCAUCAAAGAAUUCAUACAGGGGAGAAACUGUAUAAAUGCUUGGAAUGUGGUAAAAGCUUCAGUCAUAAUCACUCUCUUACUUCCCAUCGAAGAAUUCACACAGGGGAAAAACCAUAUAAAUGCCUUGAGUGUGGAAAAAGCUUCACUCAGCAUUCACAUCUUCGUGUUCAUCAAAAGCGUCACACAGGAGAAAAACCAUACAAAUGCCUGGAAUGUGAUAAAAGCUUCAGUGGGAGUGGAGGCCUUACUUUCCAUCGAAGAAUUCACACAGGGGAAAAACCAUAUAAAUGCGUGGAGUGUGGAAAAAGCUUCCAUCGAAAUUACAUUCUUACGGUGCAUCAAAGAAGUCACACAGAUGAGAAACCAUAUAAAUGCCUGGAGUGUGGGAAAAGCUUCAGUGAGAGAGGAAAACUUACUUCCCAUCGAAGAACUCACACAGGGGAGAAACCAUAUAACUGCCUGGCAUGUGGAAAAAACUUCAGUCGGAGUAACUCUCUUACUUGCCAUCAAAGAAUUCACACAGGGGAAAAACCUUAUAAAUGCCUCGAGUGUGGUAAAAGAUUUGCUCGGAGUUCACAGCUUACUUCCCACCGAACAACACACACAGGGGAGAAACCAUUUAAAUGCCUAGAGUGUGGAAAAAGCUUCAGUCACAGAGGAAGCCUUAUUUCCCACCAAAGAAUUCACACAGGGGAAAAACCUUAUAAAUGCCUCGAGUGUGCUAGCAAUGGCAAAUGCAAGUUUUACAGUUUCAUCUUUGACUGUUGGUGCAAAGAUUUCAUUGUAAUUGAUAUCUUUCUUCUGAUCAAAACCUCUACAUACCAGGACUUCCGGUGA